UCUAAAAUGGCUGCCGGGUCGGAUAACGAGAAGACUCCGUUAUCGACGGGAAGUGAGCAGCAGCUAGAUAACUUACCACCAGAGUCUAAAUCACCCGAGAUGUCGCCUAUUGUCAAACCGACUCCAGAAUCCGGGAAAUUAAACGAUGCUGAGUCGUUAAAAGACCCAAAUACGCCUGUUGGCGUGACUGAGUCCGAUAAAAAAGAAAAUGUUCCGGAAAAAUUGGAUGUCGAGAUCAUAGAGAUUUUGGGUGAGGAUCCUUUAGCAGAAGACCCUCAAGUAGGAGUCUUACAUUCGGAAGUUGCAACUCGCUGGUCAAACCUCAUAAGUAAUGGGUUAAAAAAGGAACUGAAGAGUGAUCUAUUGGCAAAAUACUCACGAGCUAGUAAUUGCCAACUAGAAGCUCAGACUCUGAACCCGGAAGUCGCAGCGUCAAUGCAGAACACGGCAGUAAAGCGAGACAAAUUUGCUUGCGAAAUUCAAAACAUUAUUGGAUUCGCAAUGUUAGCCCUGGGCAAGGGGAUUUCAUUGAUGCUUGAGGAAAAAGAAGAUGGAGUCGACAGAAUGGAGCUUCUGAAAUAUAUUUCUGACUCUGGAAGACUCUUAGCAGAAGCUCAUCAUAAGGAAGCUAUGACGAGACGCUCCUUUAUACUUCCUGGCAUGGACAAGAAUAUAAAGGAGGUUUUAGAAAAAUCAAAGCUUGAUAAAUUUCUGUUCGGAGAAGAUUUAUCUGAAAAAAUUAAAUCGACAAAAUCCAUUGUAAAGGUGGCAGCAGAAAUAAAAACAAAACCACAGUCGCAGAGAACUGCUUUGAAAACUGCGAACCAAGGAAACUGGAAGGCCCCAUCCUCCAAGAUGCAAUGGGCAAGGAUGGAGAGUUCGAAAUCAACGCAACAGGCAAAAUCAACUGGGUCCAGUGCUUCGAAAAAACAGUUCAACAGUCGUCUCGGCCCCAGCUGAAAACGUCACGCUCGCAGGCGGAUCGCCGCCAUUGACAUCAAAGGACCCAACACCAUCCAUUGUGCCAAAAAAUGUUGUUGAUUGCCGGAAAAUUAUCAGGGAAGCGUUCGCGCGAAGAGGUCUCUCAGUUCAGACAGCAGAGAUAAUGCUGUCAUCUUUAACAGAAAAUACUGUAAAGCAGUAUUCCAAUCCUAUUAAAUUGUGGUGGCAAUUUUGUAACAAAAAAGGAUUAGAUCCUUUCGAAAUCUCGGAAUCUGAACUGCUGGAUUUUUUAUCUAUAAGAUUUGAAACCGGUGCCUCUUAUGGCACAUUAAAUUCCAUGAGAGCUGCUAUUUCCCUAAUUGCCGGGACUAAUUUAUCUGAUAGUGUGUUAUUAAACAGAUUUUUAAAGGCGUUUUUAAACAACGACCAUUGACGGCCAGAUAUGAUAGAACUUGGGAUCCGAAAAUUGUAUUAGAUUUUCUGGAAAAAUGGAGUCCAGUUGAAUCGUUGAAUAUAUCGGAACUGACAAAAAAAGUAACGACUUUACUAGCUCUAGGAACGGGUCAUGGACUGCAUACGUUAGCAGCUAUAAGCUUAACAAAUAUUAAAAAAUCUAAAACAGGAUUAGAAAUAGAAAUAAAAGAUUUAAUCAAAACCUCAAAGAAAGGUCGUAAACAACCAUUUCUACAAUUACCAACUUUUAAAGAAAAACCACUGCUCUGUAUUGUCACCCACGUGCUGAGGUACAUAGAAGUAACGAAGAAACUUCGAAAAGACUGUAAAAAGCUUUUAAUAACCUGAAAGAAACCACACAAGGAGGCUUCUUCACAGACGAUCAGUCGGUGGAUUAAGUCUGUGUUAACAGCCAGCGGUGUGAGUGAAGAUUUCACGGGGUAUAGUACAAGACACACCUCGACCUCAUCAGCGUUCAGGAAAGGACUAGACAUUAAUGUGAUCAAGUCCACAGCAGGAUGGUCGAAAUCUUCUGAACUUUUCGCGAGAUUUUACAAUCAACCUCUACAAGAGACUGAUAAUAACUUUGCUAGGACUGUUUUGCUAGGAAAUCAAAACAUGUAGUUGUGGAAAAUAAUAAAAUUUUUUU